UGGACCUUAAUGAAAACACAGAUGAAUCACUUGUUCGAUAUGGUUUUAUUGUUUUGUUUUUUUUCGUUGAAUAGAACCUCAUGAAGGAUGUAACGUCAAUUCAUUGCUUUUAAAAUACAGAAAAGCUUAAUGGAUGUUGACGGUUGCAAUGGAGGUUGUCAUCUUGAUGGCACUGUACAGAGUGGAAGUGACAAAGUUGAAGAGCACCAACUAAAUUGCUUCCGAGAUAGUUUAGAAGAAGAAGGCAAGAAUUCACUAACCGGAGAAAAUAUGAAAAUGGGUUGCGGUGGACACUGUAACAAUUACUGUGAUCCAGCCAUCUCCUCUCCAGAUGCAACAGUAAAACUCAUAGAGGAAGUAAAUGGCAUAGACGCUUCAGAUGCAUGUACGACUGAUAACAAACAAAGGAAUUCUUUAUCUCUGGUAACUCUCCCACCAGAGUUGAUUCUUGUGAUUUUUUCAUUCCUCGAUGCACGGUUUGCACUGAGUGUGUUGACAGGUGUCUGUAGACUUUUUCAUCAUCUGCUGUCUCCUGAGUCUAGUUGGAAAACAAGGUUUGGAAAAAGAUGGCGACAGAGAGAUAAACGAGAAGAUUAUGACUAUGUGACAAGUUGGAAGAGAAUAUGUGUCCAACAUGAAGACAUGGAUAGAUUUUGGCAAGAUCCUGUUGCCUCUCUGGAUUUUUAUGAGCUUAAAGAUCAGCACUUUGCCACAGUAGAUGCAGUUCAUGUUAUGAGGGGCGGAGGCCUAUGCAUUUCAGGUGCAAGAGAUCGUUCUGUGGGGGUCUGGAAUCUAAAUGCUCUGUGUGUUCCUGAUGAGGUUGGAUAUGGAAAAAAGUCUUUCAAGCAAGCACUUGAUGGGCACAGGGGUUGGGUAUGGUGCCUUUCUAGUGACCCUACAGGAGCUCCUAGAGUGUGUUCAGGAUCAUGGGACAGUAAAAUAAAGUUGUGGGAUCUCCAGGGACAAAAUGUUGAGAUGACAACUAUAAGCACUCAUAAGGCAGCAGUACUUUGUUUGUCUUGGGAACAAGAGAUGCUGAUAUCUGGUUCCUAUGAUAAGAGUAUUUCAUUGUGGGACCUAAGAGCUGGCAAUAUCAUCAGUAAAUUGAAGAACCACAGUAAGCCAGUGUUGUGUCUGUCUGUGGAUGACAGGUUUAUUAUAAGUGGAAGUGAGGACAAGACUCUUUGCGUGUAUGAUAAAAGAGCUGCACAAGUUUAUAAAACAGUAAAGCUUGAGAGUCCAGUCUUCAGCUUGUGCCAUAGUUCCACUUGUGGCUAUAACUACCUGAGGGUUGGAGGAAGGGAAGGUCGCCUGCAUUUGUUGGACACAACAGCUGAUAAAUUUGAAGAGAUAACACCCAGCAUUGAACUUGAUUCCAAUGGGAAAAUCUCUGCUAUGUGUCACUAUGGAGGUGCAGUGGUAGCCUGCUCAUCAGACAAAUCUAUUAAGGUGCUGGAACCCUCUCGUGUCUUAUCUGUGAUUCAUUCAUUUGACUGUCAUUCUGGACAAGUUGCAUCAGUUAGUAGUAGAGGACCUGUCUUGGCAUCUUGUUUCAGUGAACUCAGCAUAGGAAUAUGGAGGCCAAAGAAUCUUAGACCAGCUCAAAGGAUAUGAUGUUGGAUUCUGGUGAACUUAGACAUAAAACAGAUUCAUAAUGAUGGCCAUUCAUUAAACUGUACCUCACCAUACCUUGCAUUCAUUAAACUGUACCUCACCAUACCUUGCAAUCAUCUGUAAAUAUCUUCUAAUCUUCUCAAGAAGAUUGUAGUGGUUAUGACUGGUUUUGCAUUAUGACAAAAGAAAGCUGUGGAAAGCUUGCAUUGUAUCAUUUUCUUAUAUAUUUCCAUUCUUCGUUCAUUUGUCCAUUCUUUGUAGAUAAAAACUAGAGUAAUCAAAAUCCAGUCUUUAUUUCCUCCAUUUCUUUUUCACUACAAGAAGGAAACCAGUCAUAAAUUUUUGUAAGAAGAUUUCUAUUCAAUCUAUUUGUUUUUACCCGAACACACACAAUCAUGUUGAGAGAACAAAUAAAGGCAAAGGCCUUUUGUCUAUCAGAACAGAAUAGUUACUUUUUGUACAAAACGACUUGUCUUUUAGUGUAAUAGUUUUGGUCACAUAAGUCAAUAAAAAAUCGGCGAAAAGAAAAACAGCCCUUGGAAAGUGAGGGUACAAAAAAGAAUGAGACAUCGCUCGGAAUUCGCAUGCGUGGAGUCAAGUGUUUUGUUGUUGUUGUUGUUGUAGUUGUUGUUUUUUUUUUCCCUCUCUCUUUUCUUUUCUUUUCUUUAAGCCGAUCUUGAUCAACUCACUUGAGGGAUUACUGUUAAUCCGGGACUAUUUGUAUUAAUUAAUGAAUUAAUUUACUUCAUUGUAAUUGUAAUUGUGAUUGUAAUUACUUAUUGUAAUCUUUGACAAUAAGUUGAAUAUGGAACGUCAAGUUUCGGCUAUUUGUAAAUCUGCAUUUUUUCACAUCCAGAAUAUUUCUCGGAUUAGAAAGUUUUUGUCAGUUAGUAGUACUAAGGCAUUAGUACACGCCUUCAUUACAUGCAGAUUAGACAACUGUAAUUCUCUGUUAUAUGGUCUUCCAAAACAUUUAGUCCAUAGAUUGCUGUUAAGAUGUUAAUGAACUUGUGCGCGUGCGACUCGCGUGCGCGUGCGACUCGCGUGCGCGUGCGACUCGCGUGCGCGUGCACGUGCGCGUGCUUUGGGACUACAUAGGCUAAUAAUAUCAUAAGCAAAUCACGCAGACCUUUUAAUUUUGGCGAGUGCGAUUUUUUAGAGGGAGUUGAAAAGUUUUUAGUUUAUCGAGUAGCAGUUUUUGUUUAAUGGUCGUUAUCAUUUACCGUGAGUCUACAGUUUACCAUGUUGGAAUUAAAGUGUUUGUUUGGAUUUCCCGUUUCGCUUCCGAACAAU